GUUGAUAACAUACCGGAGAGUGUGGUCGAACGUCUCUGUUCCAGCAGGCUGCUGCUGAACAAGGACAGCAGCUCAAAUCAGCUUUUUAACCGCCCCCCCCCAACCCCUUCCCCUCAACCGCUGUUCCACCUUUGCAAAUUUCCACCCCUCAGCUUCUGCAAAAUUAAAAGCAUUGACCUACCUUUUGUUGCGUUCAUCACCAUCACAGCAGUGAGGAAGCGCGUCUACACAGAUCACCUCUUACCAUUCUCCAAAAAGGAACAGCUAACAAGAGGAGCAUACAGCUCGGCAGCUUACAGAGUUGACAAGAGCUUCUCCAGGACCAGAACCUUAUGGAAACAAGAUGGAAGGAUUCCUCGUAUCUCUGAUGAAGUAGAGCCGUCACUACCACACUCCCACCCUCCAUUUCCUCUGCCCUCACUUUCAAAGACCUCGGACCUGUUUGCCAUGAUCGAGAGGAUGCAGAGUUGCAGAAUGGAUGAGCAAAGAUGCCCCCUCCCUCCCCCCCUGAAAACAGAAGAAGACUACAUCCCUUAUCCCAGCGUGCAUGAGGUUCUGGGUCGCAGUAGCCCAUUUCCACUCAUCCUGCUGCCACAGUUUGGAGGCUACUGGAUUGAGGGGACCAAUCAUGAGCCUAAAGACCCACCAGAAGCUGAGCAACCUCCCUGUCCUACCUCCCACAUCAAACUGGAGACAAACAGCACCGCCAAGAUCUAUAGAAAGCAUUUCAUGGGCAAGGAACACUUUAAUUAUUACACCAUGGAUGCUGCCCUGGGCCACUUGGUCUUUUCCAUGAAAUAUGAUGUCAUUGGGGAUCAAGAGCAUCUGCGCUUGAUGCUUCGCACAAAGCUAAAAACCCACCAUGAUGUGAUUCCCAUUUCCUGCCUUACUGAGUUCCCCAAUGUGGUUCAAAUGGCCAAGCUUGUUUGUGAAGAGGUAAAUGUGGAUAGGUUUUACCCUGUCCUCUACCCAAAGGCAUCCAGGCUCAUUGUCACCUUUGAUGAGCAUGUGAUCAGCAACAACUUCAAAUUUGGAGUUAUUUAUCAAAAGUUUGGCCAGACGACAGAGGAGGAGCUGUUUGGGAAUAUGGAAGAGAGUCCUGCCUUUGUUGAGUUCCUGGAGUUUCUGGGCCAGAAGAUUGAGCUUCAUGACUUUAAAGGGUUUCGGGGCGGGCUGGAUGUCACUCAUGGGCAGACAGGCACAGAAUCUGUCUAUACAAGUUUCCAUAAUAAGGAGAUUAUGUUUCAUGUGUCCACCAAGCUGCCUUACACAGAGGGAGACUCACAGCAGCUGCAGAGAAAGAGGCACAUAGGCAAUGACAUCGUAGCCAUUGUGUUCCAGGAGGAGAACACGCCCUUUGUACCAGACAUGAUCCAGUCCAACUUCCUGCAUGCGUAUGUGGUGGUGCAGGUGGAGAACGCCUGUACUGACAAUGUCACCUACAAGGCAUCUGUGACAGCAAGGGAUGAUGUACCUUUCUUUGGGCCCGCUCUGCCUGACCCCGCCAUCUUCAAAAAGGGGCCAGAGUUUAGGGAGUUCCUCUUCACCAAGCUCAUCAAUGCAGAGUACGCCUGUUACAAGGCUGAGAAGUUUGCCAAGCUGGAGGAGCGCACACGCUCAGCCCUGUUGGAGACGCUGUAUGAGGAGCUGCACAUCAACAGCCAGUCCAUGAUGGGUCUGGGUGGGGAUGAAGAUAAGCUGGAGAAUGGGGGCAGUGGAGGAGGAGGAGGCUUCUUUGAAUCCUUUAAGCGGGUCAUCCGCAGCAGAAGCCAGUCUAUGGACGCCAUGGGCCUCAGUAACAAGAAGUCACACACAGUCUCCACUAGUCACAGUGGCAGCUUUACCCAUAAUCCCGCAGAGAGCCCCAAAACCCCAGGGAUUUCAUUGAUAAUUCCUGGGAAAAGCCCAACCAGGAAAAAGUCUGGGCCCUUCAGUUCCCGUCGCAGCAGCGCCAUUGGCAUCGAGAACAUCCAGGAGGUCCAAGAGAGGAGCCGGGAGGUGUCACCCAGCACCCAGAGGAUACCCGAUAGUGGCCACAUGUCACAAGAAAAUAAAUCAGACAACUCCUCCAAUCACAGUUCUCCAGAAUUCCCUGCUACUAAGAACAGUUUGGCUAUGUGUUGCAGGGCGCCGUCCAUCCCUGAGGCGCAGGACCUUUCCCGCUCCUCCUCCAACGCCAGCAGCUUUGCCAGUGUCGUGGAGGAGCAUGAGAAUGAGCAUGAGGCCGAGGAUGAGUACGACACUGGACUGGAAAGCGUGUCUUGUGUUACGCCACACAAGAGGGACUCAUUUGUGUACAGCUCUGGGGUGGAGGACAGUGUGUGCAGUUCCAGCCAGGGAAGUUUUCCAGCUACUCGUCUUCAGCAGCAACCAGACGGAGUGAAGACAUCAGAGCCAAAAGGGACAGACAGCAGGCCCAAGAUGGAGCGCCCCCUGCAGGAGCACAAGUUCUCAUCGAACUGUUAGCUACACCCAAAUGAUCACUACAUCAACAUCCAUUUCCAGCAUUCCCAUAAGUGGCAUAUUUUGCCAAAAAUGAGCCAAGGGCAUGUGAUCUCCACCACUGAUGCAGAAGGGGAGCAGAAUUAGAAGGUAGAUCAAGAGACUGACAGAUCCUCUGUCAUAUUCUUGGCACGAAUCUGCCACCUGUCAUGACAGACACCCAGCUUCAUGGACAUGUUCCUACCUGUCGCCCUCAUUCCUGCUUCACAUGGGAUCCCUCUUAUAUGCUCCAGGCCAAGGAAAAGAGACCUCCACACCCCAUGCACCCAGCUUCACUACUAUCUGUCAGCUGGCUGAGCAGAAUCAGUCUGCCUGCCUGCCUGCUCAUCCUCCAGGCCAGUAUGCUCUGACACCUGAUUCUUACUGUAAACAGUCAAAUGUUGUGUGUCCUCUUCAGGAAUCAGGAAUUGAACAGGGGUUUAAUCUUGUGACUGAAAGAGUGGUGAGAGAAGAGUUGCACUAGAGAGGAAAUGUUUUUUUAAUGUCAGCCUCACAUCCCACUGUGAUAUUGUACAUGGAUUUAACUUUGAUGUACUGUGUGUGUGUGUGUGUGUGUGUGUGUGUGUGUGUGUGUGUGUGUGUGUGUGUGUGUGUGUGUGGCUACUCUGACAGGCCACAUUUUGUGUUUUAUUGAUGAUCUAUUCUUCUUCUUCUGAGUAUUCUGCAGUGGAUAUUCGUCGUGUUUUACGACAGCUUCAGUAAGUUCAUCAUGUUUUUGAUGGAGGGUACUUCUGCUUCUGCUGCUGUUGGUGGUGGCUGUAUAAACAUCAUUCACUUUUCUCCUGGGUGGGUGAAGGGUGAUAUAUAGCACAGAAAAUGUGUCUGCAAUUUUUGCAUUCAAAGUGUAGUUGUACCACAGUAAAUCUGUUAAAAAAAAAAAAAAGAGAGAGAGAGAGAAAAUAAGAAAAGAGAAAUAUUUUAACAUAAAUGUAGACUCUGUUAAUGCUAUAUAAUUAUAGUAAAAAGCAGAAUUACUGUAGUGCCCCAACCAGCAACAUGCAUUCCCACAUCCACACUUCAAGGUACUGAUGUUUAGACUUUUGUCUCCAAAUGCUCUCUGUCACACACCACUUGUUGAUUUGAUGUCUGUGUACAGGUGUGUCUACAACGGUACUGUGCAUGGUGUAAAUCUGCUUGCCAAAAACCUUUCCUCUGUACACUGGUGCCAUGCUUGACAUAGAGGUGUUGUCCCUGUGAUUUUGUGUUUUAUUGAAAACCAGCCAACAUCUCCAGAUGCAGUGCACAUUGCUGAUAGAGAGCCAAAUGCCACAGUUUCCUACUUUAUUUGUAAAGUGUAAUAUAUGUAAGUGACUGAAGCACUACAUUUUCAGAGUUAUUCCGAAAUGCUGACCUUUUGAAAAACCUGAUUUGUUGCUGAAUAUGAAUUACACUGUGACUCGUCUUGAAGUUGCCUUUAUGAUUGUGACGUGAGCUGCUUUGAAGGAAGGUCAUAUUUAAAGGCACUUGCGUUGCCAGCUGGCUUGAAUGUAAAACUAGACAGACAUGUAUUUAUUUGUACAUAUCUGUUCCAAUGAAUGGGGAUACUGCGUUAACUCCUGACCAUGGUAAAUGUGAGUCUGAAACAGCUCACCUUUCCUGAGCGGAUAAGCUUUUUCCUGUUUUCAGUUUGUUAUAGAGGAAAUAACUGAUUCAUGGAAUUGUUUUAUUUCAGUGACAUAACUGAAGCGGACAUGAAAUUUAUUGUCUGUAGUGAAGUAAUGACAGCAUUUAUAGUUUGCGAAAGUACAAAAGGUUUAAGACACUGGACCAACUGAAAAACAGCCUAUACACUGUAUUCAUCAAGAUGUUUAGAGCAACAAAUCACUAAGAACAAAGUAACAUUUUGCAUUUGAUUGUAUGGUAAAGCAGCAUAGAAAAAAUAUAAAGAUAUCUUAAUAAUUACACAUAUGUGUAUUACAGCCUAUGAAAUUGAUGAUUUUAUGAAAAUAUGUGAUCUCAAAUUAUUUUCCUCUGGACUUUGGAAAUGCUUGAGUAGAUGAAGUACGCCCUCUGGUGGUUAUGUAACAUUAUAAUACAUCACUAUGUGGUACCAUUUGUUUAUCUCUGCUUACACUGUAUGCCAAUGGCUAAUCCAAACCACAACAAGAUUGAGAGUGAAUCUUCUAUGUGCUUGAUUCAAAUGAUUGUAUUUCUGUUUUUGUCAAAAGUCUGCUUAAGCCCUUGUUCAAAAGACUUGUAAAUAUUGCUUUACAUCCUUUUUGUAAAUGAAGCAGAGAAAAUGUUUAAUAAAGACAAAGAUGCAUACAAUAGA